AUGCUAAUUAAUCGAAGGAAAGCCUUACCCAUCCUCAUCAUCGCCGGAGUUUUCUCAAUUUUUCUCUUCAUCGAUUUUUCGAAAAAUCGAUCAGCCAGCAGAUCCAGGGGCUCGGCGACGAAUUUUGAUUCUGAAGCUUCAUUCCAACGGCUGGAAACCGCUUUCCGGAAACACUACCCCUUUACCCCAAAUGUCAGCCGUGAUUUCGGCUAUGAGGGCACCGACCUCGACAAGGCUUUUUAUGAAUUCCCGAUCCCGACGGCCGCCAUUUACGUCUACAAGGCUUAUUAUGAUUUGAGAGAUCCAGAAGGGCCGCGAAUUCGUGUCCUCAUCACUGCCAACUGCACGCUGAUGAACUCAAAUACCACCCGACUCGACUUGACGAUGGAUGGGAAGUCGAUCGGGAUCGGGUGGAAGAAGAUGACCAACGGAAUCGGUUGCAAAUCGGAGAGCUGCAAGUUUUGGCAUUACGAUAUAGCAUCCAAGGUUUAUGAGGGAAGAGUACCGGAUACGAUCACCUUCCACCGUAAUGAGUUCGCCGCCGAAAUCCCGGUCGAGCGAUCUCCAGCGAAAUAUACGGACGAUGUAUCGGCGUGUAUUGGAGCGUUGCAUUGGUACAACGAUUGGCCCCGUCUGAUCCUGUAUGUAGAAAUGGCUCGUCUAAACGGAAUCUCUCGUAUUCUUGUCACUUGGCAAUCGAUAUCAAAAGAAGUGAAGGCUGUCAUCGAUUAUUAUCAACAAAGAGGAAUUAUACAACCACAUCCAUGGCCAUUGUUGCCGUUUAACGAAAAGAGGGAUCCAAAUGCGAAUGUUUUCAUCGUCAGCCACAAUCUCUUCACACAACAUUGCAAUUUCUGGUCGAGGAGCAAGUAUACGUUUUUGAGCGACGUGGAUGAGUUGCUGUAUAUGAGAUACCACAACACGACGCUUUUUGACCUUCUGGAGACGUGGUAUCGGAAGAAAAGCGACAUCGCCGGCUUCAAGUUCAAGCAUACCCCAAUGGCAUUGAAAUUGGCGCCAGAACCCUUUGAUUACGACAAAUUUUUGGAGCUGGACGCGUUGCGGAAUCCAGUGCCAUAUCGGUAUUGGAGAUUCCCAAAGUCGAUUUGGUUGACCGAAGCAACGCGAAUCGCCUGGGUCCAUUACGCAAAGGAAUUUUUUGGGAAGCGCAAAAAUCAUGAUAUCCCGGCCGAGGAGGCCCUCUACUUCCAUUUGAGGGACACUUUUGAAAAUGCGAACACCACCGCCCUCUAUCCGGACGUGCAGCUUUUUAAAGAGGAUGAAAUCGAUGAGCGUCUGGUGGCGAUGGCAAACACGAUUCGGGAGAUAUUUCCGGACGGAACGCCAAAUUAUCGGGCGAAGAAACUGGCGGCGCCAAGGAAGGAAUGCCAGAAAAAACCAAUCGUAAAGGGGUGCCGCGACUCGGGCGUAAGCUGUUUCCCCACCCUCCGCAAGAUGGACGAGUGGAUUUUCGCGGUCCCCACACCGGAAAGCUUUUACAUACCUGUA